AUGGGAAAUUGUUGCUCUCAUGGACGAGAUUCAGGGAAUAACAAAGAAGAAACCACGCCGGAAAACGGAGCCGGAGCCGGCGGUGCUUGUGCCGGUGCGGAAGCCUCUGUGAGAGCUUCGAAACACCCACCAGCAUCUCCUCCUCCUGCAACAAAACAAGGGCCAAUAGGACCUGUCUUAGGCCGACCAAUGGAAGAUGUAAAGAGCUCAUAUUCAUUGGGCAAGGAGCUUGGUCGUGGACAGUUUGGUGUGACCCAUCUCUGCACGCAAAAGGCCACGGGGCUGCAAUUCGCUUGCAAGACCAUCGCCAAAAGGAAGCUGGUGAACAAGGAAGACAUUGAGGACGUGAGGAGGGAGGUGCAAAUAAUGCAUCACUUGACGGGUCAACCAAACAUCGUGGAGCUUAAAGGAGCGUACGAGGAUAAGCACUCGGUGCAUUUGGUCAUGGAGCUUUGCGCCGGAGGAGAGUUGUUCGAUAGGAUCAUUGCGAAAGGGCAUUACUCGGAGAGAGCCGCUGCUUCGUUGCUAAGGACGAUUGUUCAGAUCGUGCACACUUGCCAUUCCAUGGGGGUUAUUCACAGGGACUUGAAGCCUGAGAACUUUUUGUUGCUUAACAAAGAUGAGAACUCUCCUCUCAAAGCCACGGACUUUGGGCUGUCCGUGUUCUACAAGCCAGGAGAGGUGUUCAAAGAUAUUGUGGGAAGUGCUUAUUACAUUGCACCAGAGGUCUUGAGGAGGAAGUAUGGACCAGAGGCUGAUAUUUGGAGCAUUGGUGUCAUGUUGUAUAUCCUCUUGUGUGGUGUCCCUCCUUUCUGGGCUGAGUCGGAGAAUGGGAUUUUCAACGCCAUCUUAAGCGGACAGGUUGAUUUCUCAAGCGAUCCAUGGCCAGCCAUUUCACACCAGGCAAAGGAUCUGGUUAGGAAGAUGCUAAACUCUGAUCCUAAACAAAGAUUAACCGCCGCUCAAGUUCUCAACCAUCCAUGGAUCAAGGAGGAUGGAGAAGCGCCAGAUGUUCCUCUAGACAACGCAGUGAUGUCAAGGCUCAAGCAAUUCAAAGCAAUGAACAAUUUUAAGAAAGUUGCUUUACGGGUGAUAGCUGGUUGCUUAUCAGAGGAAGAGAUCAUGGGGUUAAAAGAGAUGUUCAGAGGAAUGGACACAGAUAACAGCGGAACAAUAACUCUUGAGGAACUAAGACAGGGACUUGCAAAGCAAGGUACAAGGUUGUCUGAAUACGAAGUCCAGCAAUUAAUGGAAGCUGCUGAUGCGGACGGUAAUGGAACAAUAGACUAUGGAGAAUUUAUAGCAGCAACAAUGCACAUCAACAGACUCGACAGAGAAGAGCAUCUCUACUCAGCUUUCCAACACUUUGACAAAGACAACAGUGGAUAUAUCACAAUGGAAGAGUUGGAGCAAGCUCUGAGGGAGUUUGGCAUGAAUGAUGGCAGAGACAUUAAGGAAAUCAUUUCUGAGGUUGAUGGAGACAAUGAUGGGAGGAUAAACUACGAGGAAUUUGUGGCAAUGAUGAGGAAAGGAAACCCAGAUCCUAACCCUAAGAAGCGGCGUGAGCUGUCUUUUAAAUGA